AUGGAGACCGAAGCGGCGGACGAGAGCGGCUUCACGAGCGUGGCUUCCAAACGCGGGCGGAGGAAGCGGAGAGCGGAGGGCGCGGAGCCGAUGGAGGCGGCGGAGGCGACAGACGCGGCGGAGGCGACCGGGCCGCGGCCCGGCAAGAGGCCCGCCUUCCCGCCGCUGCCCGUCGCGGCCCUGGGGGUGGGGAAAGGAGAGGUGAGGAGGGUGCCGGUGCCGGCCAACAGGUACACCCCGCUGAAGGAGAACUGGAUGAAGAUAUUCACGCCCAUCGUGGAACACCUGCAGCUCCAGAUCAGGUUUAACUUAAAGACGAGGAACGUUGAGAUCAAGACCUGUCCGGAGACAAAGGACCUCAGUGCUCUGACAAAAGCAGCCGACUUUGUGAAAGCAUUCAUACUUGGCUUUCAGGUGGAGGAUGCUCUUGCUCUCAUCAGAUUAGACGACCUUUUCCUAGAGUCAUUUGAAGUUACAGAUGUCAAACCUCUGAAAGGAGACCAUCUGUCAAGAGCAAUAGGGAGAAUAGCAGGGAAAGGUGGAAAAACAAAAUUCACAAUAGAAAACGUAACAAGAACACGGAUUGUUCUUGCUGACUCGAAAAUUCACAUUUUAGGAUCUUUUCAGAACAUUAAAAUGGCACGAACAGCAAUUUGCAAUCUAAUUUUAGGAAGCCCACCAUCCAAAGUUUACGGCAAUAUUAGGGCUGUGGCCAGCAGAGCAGCUGAAAGAUUCUGAGAUGCAGUGGUGCUGCUUUACUGAGGACUGUGGCUGGGGAGCGUGGGUGCUGCGGGCACAAACUGUGCAGUCACAGAGGCUAUGGAAGCACUCUGCCUUCUGCUGGACUGGGAAGCACAGAAGGAAAAUGGGACUGUUUGUGCAGUCUGAUAUACUGCAGGCAUACUGUCUGCUUUGAUCACAAUCUGUGUACAGCCAUUAAAAGCUAUUCUAUAAAUGAUGAAACCGUAUACUGAAGUAUGGGUGCCUGAUUUUGCUUUAUUCUCAAGCCAAAACGUGACUGAGAGUAACUUUCUGAUUGCCCAAGUACUGCAAGACCGUUCACAAGACUUGAGAAAGCCUCGAAGUCUGGAGCUGAAAGCAGUCAGCAGCAUUAAGUGUUCAUAACCACAGACCAGUCAGCAUCUUUCUGUAAAAAGGAAGCUCCCGUUGCAGUGCUGAGAGCAGGCUGCUGGAAGAGAAUCUGCUACUGCUGCAGUGCAUCACAGGAAGAGACAGUGUGAAGGCCAGGAGGGAAACAGCAUCACUGCACUCAGCUUCAGAAUCUGAGCUUAUCUGGAUUCCUGUUUUGUUCUCAGGAAUGAUCUGCAGGGGCAUCCGAGUAGUGAUGCUAAGAACCUCCAGGUAAGGCUGUGUCCUGGCAGGGCCCGUGCACUGGAGCACAGACAGCUGCCGGUGCUGCACGUCCUCCCUCUUAAAAUGCUGCCUGCAGCAGUAGAGACUGCGCAGCCUGGGCACCUUAUUGCUGCCCCUCCCCACUUAAACUCAUUACCAGGACUUACGCAAAGCAGCUCAGUUUAGGUCUGUGAAUCAAAACAGAAAGUGAAAUGAGAUCCAAAAAACAUCAGCAAAUUGAGGAGGUGUUUCUCAAUGUUUGAGUUAACUGUGCAGCACAUUACAGCUGGAUAGUACUUACGUAGCCUGGUAACGUUUUUACAGCCAAAUAAAUUCAAGCCUUCAAUCACUAAUGGAUUUAAGAUGUGCAGAGCUGUCUGAGUUCCCUUUAGUUACCUGUGAAGUCUGAUCUGUACUGAGAAGAGGGUCCAAGGUAGCUCAAGGAAAAGCAGUGCACUGCCCCAGUAGCAGUUUGUCCAUUCUCUGUACAUCAGUUAUGUCAGUGAGCUCUAGAGGCAGGAGGGGAAAGCGGGGUGUGGAUGUAGGAAAGUGAUUUAAUCUUCCUCCUACAGCAGGUGUGUGCUGACACUGACCUGAGCACAGGGCUGCAAAAGGCAGCCCAAACCAGGAGGGAGGCCCCCACACCUUCAGAGGCUGCCUUUAGGGUGCAGGAAUCAACAGGAUGCAUGAAAGGCAACAGCAAACAGCUCCUGGGCUGCUUCUGUGAAGGGAUUUCACCACCAAGGACUGCCUUCACCAGCAGAGGUGAUUUGCCUUGAGAAAGGAAGCUGGCUGUUUCCACCUGCAGUAAGGUUAGAGGUUUGUGUUUGUUUUCUAACAGCACAGCAUCAACCAUUGUGAGUUUAGCCCCACUUAUCCAAGGUGUUUGAUCUAAGUAGAGAUUCAGAUGGGCCUUUAAAAAAAAAUACAGGAGUUGUCUGGAAACACCUGAACAAAGCCUAGGGGUGCUCAGCUAAGGGACAAACACUCUGAGCAGCAACUUGCUCCUAGAGCAGGGCAUGGAGCUGCCCUAGGUUUAUUGGGGAGUGUCCAGGUAAGUACUGAGGCACCCAAACCAAGGUUCAAAUAUUUUAUUUUGUAUUCAUAUAGUAUGAAGGUUCUUAUAGUUCCCACAACAUAUGAUGUAGCAUGCAGAGGAAAAACUAAACAUUCAACAGAAAUCAUUUUUCCCCACACAAACUAAAAAAAAAAACCAACCUCAUCCCUCCCCUUCCAAUCCCCCC